AUGUCCCCACCCCCCUCCUCGACCCGUGCCAGUUUUCGUGGUCGGGUUCGAGGAAAACAUUCCGAGGGAUAUGGUAAGCCCUAUUAUGCGGUAACUGUGACUGCUUUUUUCUCAUCUCUUCCUUCGAAGUCGGGCGAUGCACUAAUUGCCAUGGCCGCCGUCUGCGAGGUGGGCGAAGAGGGAUUCAUCGAGGGAGGGGGCGAGGGAUUCAUUCAAGUGGCGGCGAUUGGGAAGAGUUCUUCCUUUCGGCUUACACAAUGAUGAUGAUGAACAUCUCGGAGCAAGAGGUGAGCGCACAUCAUGUCGCGAGGUGGGGUUUGGUCCCCCGAGGCAAUAUCCGCCUUCAGCCCGAUCAGGUGAAUUCAUUCGAGGCUUUCGGGGAAGGGAUGCCGUCAGCUCAACCCGCUUUUCUCCCCGCGGCACUACCGUUUUCCCGAGGCCAUAAUUGGCUGCCCGCUCUCUUCUGUUAAAUAUUCUCCUUCAGGCUAUUGAAAUCGUGGCAGGCCGGCUGGCGGCGAAGGCAAAAUGA